UGAGAAAUAUUCUAAAAAUUUUUUUAUUCUUCACUAAAAUAACGAAUCUAACCCCAAAAUUCCCACUCCUGCCAGAAUUGAGAGCCCUGAGCAAAAGGCGCUGCAGAGCAACAGAAGAGGAGAAGGCACAUACCCCACAUCCAGGGGGCUCGUCAGGUCAGCAGUCAGAACUAGGGUCGCACCCAGAGCGCCCCUGCUCCGUGCGCAGAAACACCAGUGAGCCUGGAGGCCCAUGCCUCUGUCUCCCUCUCCGGUCCCUGGAGGCCGGCUGGGUCGAGCCCCAGCCCAGCACUCGCUUUCUGUAGCAGUGUCUGCCCCUGAGGGCCUGACUCAGAGCUGCCCAGUGAACCAUGACAAACGCCUGAGUCACAGGAGCCAGAUCCACACUACACAGAGGAAGCAGCACACAGUCCGUUGAGCCGGCGAGCUGCCUCUCCCUCUCUGUGCCCUCUCUGCCCUGGCACCUCGGCAGCAUGGUGAACAGAUAAGCGCCAGUCCCUCACCUGCCCCCUGCGUGGAAACAGCAUGGGCGCCUGCGUCCAGAAAGAGCACUACAGCGCCCCCCAGCCCCCGUCAACAGAACUACAGCAAUGGCCAUCCUACUCAGAGGACCAGCCCAUUGUCAAGAACUGCCUGAAGCCAGCCAACGGGACAGUGUCGGAGUUGAAGAGCUCCCCAGGCUACAGCAUCGCUGACCUGGCCACCUCCUCUCUGAUGGGCUUGGUGGCGACCAUUAAGGACCACAUCACGAAGCCGACAGCAAUGGCGCAGGGCCGGGUGGCGCACCUGAUCGAGUGGAAGGGCUGGAGCAGUGGGCAGCAGGGCUGGGGGGGAACCAUCCAGCAGGACGACGAGCAGUACUCGGACCUCACAGACGAGCUCAAAGAGGCGCGCUUCGCCGCAGGGGUCGUGGAGCAGUUUGCUCUGGCCGAAGCCUCGCUCAGCGCCUGGUCCUCGAUGGAAAUGGCUGAGGAGCCCAACGGCAGCGCGGCUGUCCUGCAGGACAGACCAUUUCUGCCCCAGUUCCUGGCCGACGGCUCCCAGCGGCUGUACAGCUCCACUCUGGACAGCAGCAACGACAUCAGCCCCUUCACGCCGCCCUCCUCCCUGCAGCUCCGCCCCCAGGCCCGCCCCGAGGAGGAGGGCUUUCCCAGGGACACGCCCCUAGAGCCUGCGGCACUUGCCUGCUUCUCUUUCCCUGGGGAGGGGGAGCAGGUAGCGGAGCGCCCCCUGCUGCUGCGGAGGAGCUCUCGCGGGGAGCCGCUCACACACAGAGACAAGUCCCUCCGCCACGCGGACAGCAGCUCUCUGUCCGAGGACGAGGUUUUUUACAACUAGCGCCAGGGGCAGAGACACUUCGAGACCUCACCGGCUCGAUGUUUUAGGGCUGCAGCGUGUUGAGAAGUCUGCGUGACGAGGGGCGUCAGAGCCCCUGCACUCUUUUACUUAGUCGCCGUGGAAACGAUCGAGUCUUUUGACGUUUUCUACACCCCUGCCUGCGCACCUAGAGGCGCCCCCAACUCCUGGACUCUGGGCUCUCCUGCAAGUCAGUGCUGGGUUUUCAGUUAAAUAAACUGAGGCAUCAAUGUAUAUUGUUUAUUUUAAUUAGAACCAAAAAACACAUUUCCACCACAGUGUAUGUAUUUCUUUACCGUAGCUCUUGCUGUUAUGCUUGACCUUGGCCGCCCUGUCUGUCUGCUAGUGACGUCACUCGCUCGUGAGCUCAGUGUCGCUGUUGUUUCUUUUCUGUGUGAAUCACAAGGAAUAAUAAAAUGUGUUUCCAGUU